GCUUCAUGCUUGUGUGUUGUUUAAAGUCAAUCAAAGAUGAAGGCCAACCAAGGAAGAAGCUGCACAAGAGAGAGAGAAUUUGAAUAUAAAUUCAGUGCUGGAAAUCAGCGUUUUGUACUUACAGUGCCUCUCAAAUUCCCUGUGCAAGAAAAUGUCAGUCAUUUGCAUGGACGUCUAAUGCUUCUGCACAACUUGCCAUGCUUUAUAGAAAACGACUUAAAGCAGUUUCUUAGUAAGUUCAUAGAAGAGGAAACUAUAAAAGAUUAUGAUAGAGAAGCUGAGGCAGCCCUGGAAGCUGUGAAAUCAGGAAAAGUAGAUCUCGGCUAUCUGGCAGAUGCUUGGGCUAAAGCUUAUAAAGAGACAACUUUGGAACAUGCAAAUCCUGAAGAGCCCAGUUGGGAUGAAGAUUUUGCAGAUGUUUACCAUGAUUUGAUACAUUCUCCUGCUUCUGAAACUCUGUUAAACCUGGAACACAAUUACUUCGUUAGUAUCUCAGAAUUAAUAAGUGAAAGAGAUGUGGAACUGAAGAAGUUACGAGAGAGACAAGGUGCUGAAAUGGAUAAAGUGAUGCAGGAACUAGGAAAAACACUAACAGAUCAAGAUGUGAAUGAACUAGCAGCUCAGCAUUUUGAAUGUCAGCAGGACUUAGAAAAUAAAUGGACCAGUGAACUCAAACAAUCAACAGCCAUCCAAAAGCAGGAGUAUCAGGAAUGGGUGAUAAAACUUCAUCAAGAUCUAAAAAAUCCCAACAACAGCUCCAUCAGUGAUGAAAUUAAGGUUCAACCCAGCCAAUUGAGAGAAUCUGUAGAAGGAAAUGGAAGAAUCUACGAAGAGCAGAGACAAUUAGAAGAGAGUUUUACGAUUCAUUUGGGGGCCCAGUUGAAGACCAUGCAUAACCUGAGACUAUUGAGAGCUGAUAUGCUAGACUUCUGUAAACAUAAGCGUAAUCAUCGAAGUGGUGUAAAACUUCACAGGCUGCAAACUGCAAUGUCUCUCUACUCCACUUCUCUUUGUGGUCUGGUUCUGUUAGUGGACAACCGCAUCAGUUCUUACAGUGGCAUCAAAAGAGAUUUUGCAACAGUUUGCCAAGAAUGCACAGACUUCCAUUUUCCUGGGAUUCAAAAACAACUUGAAAUUGUCCAGAAGGUUGUUUUUUCUGCUAGAGCAAAGCGUAGCAGUAAGUCAAAAAGGCAUCCUGAUUCACUAAACAGAGAUGGUGGAAGUGAAGAUAAAUCCAAGAAUAUUGAACGAAACCAAUCAAAUAUUUUACCAGGUGAAUUCUACAUCACACGUCAUUCAAAUCUUUCUGAAAUUCAUGUUGCUUUUCAUCUCUGUGUGGAUGACAACGUGAGAUCUGGUAACAUUACUGCUCGUGACCCUGCAAUCAUGGGCCUCAGAAAUAUUCUCAAAGUCUGCUGUACACAUGACAUUACUACAAUUAGUAUCCCUCUCCUGUUAGUACAUGAUAUGUCAGAAGAAAUGACUAUACCAUGGUGCUUAAAGAGGGCAGAACUGGUAUUCAAGUGUGUCAAAGGCUUCAUGAUGGAAAUGGCCUCCUGGGAUGGAGGAAUAUCCCGUACUGUACAAUUCUUGGUACCACAGACUAUUUCAGAAGAAAUGUUUUAUCAGUUGAGUAAUAUGCUUCCCCAGAUCUUCAGAGUGUCUUCUACACUGACUCUGACGUCUAAGCAUUAAACUCUGUGGAGCAGUAAGACACGGCCUGUUGGAAAAAAAUUAGAAUAUUUGUUUGUAUGUUAAAUACUUGAAAUUUCUGCAUCUUCCCAAUAUUGGUUGAUAAUCCCAAACUGAAACUUCAGUUACAAGUUUCAAACCAAAUACUGCAUGCCUGUUUAAAUAUUAAUAAUGAUAAUAUAAUUAUAGCAAUGUCCUGUCUAAAACUGGAUGCUUGCAAAAAAAAAUAAAUAAAUCAGAUAUUCUGCUUCAGUAAUAUAAUGUUGACUUUCAAUUCAUGCAAAACAAAUGUGCUCUAAUUUUAUAUGUAAUCUAGCAACACAGUAAUUGUUAUUCUGACAGUGGGAGUAGAGAUAUCUGCUUAUUUUGAAAAUGUUUUCAGAAAUUUGUCUAGUGAAUUUGUUAAUAAUGGUAAGCAAACCGCCUUAGAAAUUUUUAAACAUGUCCCACUUGUCUUUUCCAAGGUCACACUGACCAUGAAAACAAUGUAAAUAUUUCAAAAUGAAAAAUAAAAUAAAGUGAAAAGUAA